CGACUUUCUGGAAGGACGCUCAACUUUUGUCACUUUCUCUCUGCUGCUGCAUCACACACCUACGACCCUCGACUCUCACAUAUAUCACGCGUGCCACUCACCGAACUCGACACCUGGAAUGCUCUGAGCGCCAUACUGCACAACUCCAGCACAACAUGAGCUCAGGCUCUCCCUCCGGCAGUGGCUACGCCUCGCCCUCGAACAGUUCACCUUCAUCCAUGCGCCGCCACCCGGGUCGUCCCCAGUACAUGACUGUCGGCAACGGUUCGACAUCUGAGCACGCCGCUCGUCUUGCCGCUAUGCUCGACAACGAUUCUGGCUACGGUGGAAGCAUCGCUGACGGCACUACCUUCGAUCCCACCUUUGACCAAGACCCCAUGACACACCUGGCUACAGCCCAAGGUGCUACCUCCGACAACGAAAGACGCGCCAUUGCCAGUCAUGUACACCAACUCCAAUACAAUCAAAAUCGUACCGCUCUCGGUCGUGCCAUCUCCGAGACCGUCGACACUCUCAAGAAGCUGCAGGAGAUGAACUCGAAAUGGCCUGCUCAUUAUCCUACUGUCCAGCGUCCUACACCCGCGCCCCGCAUUCACCCAGACCCCCGACCGGGUCUCGUUCACACUCAGUCUGGUUUCGACAAUCACCAUGCAAACCCAGAGCCAUUCAGACGGCCCGCCCCUCGCCGUGCUGGUACCUCCAUAGGCGAGGAUAUGGCUGUGGCCGAGUCUAGCGAUGCAGCUGCGCGUGCUCCAGCUCCGGAACCCAGAUUGGUUACCCCUCAGCUUUCUCAGCAAUUCUCGGUGCUCAAAAUCGAACUCAAGAUGGAGGGCGUACAUCAGACCGAGCUGGUCCACUCGCUGGAAAAACAAUCAAUAGCUUCGCUUCUCGAUGGUCAGAUCAACAACAGUGUUCGACACCUGUUUUCGCUCAGGGACCGUAUCGAGGACACAUCCAGUAAAGUCUUGAUCACCGGUGAUCUCAACGCUGGAAAAUCGACUUUCUGCAACGCUCUUCUCAGACGCAAGGUCUUGCCCGAGGACCAACAGCCUUGCACAAGCAUUUUCUGCGAGGUCCUGGACUGCCGCGAAAACGGAGGUAUCGAAGAAGUACAUGCCAUCCCGAAUGGUGUCGAUUACAACCGCCACGAUGAAAGCACUUAUGCUGUCUUCAGCCUGGAACAGCUCGAAGACAUUGUGAUUGAUAAUGAGAAGUGGUCGCAGUGCAAGGUCUAUAUCAAGGAUGUCCGUUCGGUGGACCAGUCACUACUCAACAACGGUGUCGUGGAUAUUGCCUUGAUUGACGCCCCUGGACUCAACAAUGACUCUCUCAAGACAACCGCUGUCUUUGCUCGACAAGAAGAGAUUGAUGUGGUUGUGUUCGUUGUUUCUGCUGCUAACCACUUUACUCUGUCGGCCAAGGAAUUCAUCUUCAACGCCGCUCGUGAAAAGGCAUACAUGUUUAUGGUCGUCAAUGGUUACGAUAACAUUCGCGACAAAAAGAGAUGUCAGGAGAUGAUUCUAAAGCAAGUCAACCACCUGAGUCCUGCUACUUUCAAGGAAUCUUCAGAACUCGUACAUUUCGUCUCGAGCAACGCCAUCCCUGUCGCUCCUGCUGGUGGACCCGGUGGCCCAGACGGCCCCGGUGGCUCUGGAGGCGGCUCCGGAUCAAGUAGUGGUGGCCCUAGCGGCGAUCCUACUAACGACGACGACUCAGACAAGAAAGACAAGGGCAAGGGCAAGGAGCAGGAGAAGAUUGACGACUUCAAUGAGCUUGAAGCUUCUUUGCGCCGAUUCGUGCUCGAGAAGAGAGCACGUUCCAAGCUGGCCCCUGCAAAGACGUACCUUCUCAACGUACUCGGUGAUCUCGGAAACCUUGCUGGCGUAAACAAGGAAGUCGCACAGAAUGAGCUUGAUCGUGUCACUAAAGAGCUCAAGGACCUUGAGCCCGUAUAUGAGAAGUCCAAGAAAGCUCGUUCAGAGGCUGGAGAAGGUGUCGACUUCACAAUCGACGAGACUGCAUCCGAUAUUUACAAAGCAUCUCGCGACACCAUCAACAAUACUAUUGCUCGUGUCGGAGAGCAGAAUCUCGGAGUCGACUAUCCCGGCCUUUUCAGCGUCUACCAAUACGCAGAUGAGCUUAAGACAGCCAUGCUGGAACAGAUCACACGUUCGGUUCACGACUGCGAAGAAGCAGCUAGAGAACACACAUCCAAGGGAGUUGACGGUAUCAAGAAUUUGGGAGUCCUCCACCUCGGCGAUGACUAUGAGGAUUUGACUUUCAAGUCUGAGUACAUGUUCCGAACCCGCAGAGACGCUUUGACACGACAGGUCGACGUUGAUGUCGAGAUGUCCGACUUCUUCGACCUAGCAAGCCUCUGGGAGCGUCAAGAGAAGGUUGCAGGAGCGAGUAUGGCAGUCACCAUCGCCGGUGUUGUGGGUGGCCGUAUGUUCGGCGGUGUCGGCUGGGUUGAUGGUGCUCUUGGUGCUGCAAAGGUUAUCGGACCCAGCAACCUGCGCAGACUGAUGAUUCCUGGAGUCAUUCUUGCACUUGCCCUUGGAGCUUCGUACGCCUUGAGUUCAAUUCCCCACUCGCUACCCCGACGAUUGUCACAGAAGCUUUCAGCUCAGCUUGCGGAGCUGGACUACACACACGCCAACGCUACACGUAUCUCAUCUGAGGUCAGAAGAGCACUCAAGUUCCCCGCAGACAAGCUUCGUGAGGGACUUCAGCGAAGUGUGGAGCAGUUACUCGACGAGCGCAAGGAGAAGAUUAAGCUCCAGAGCGAGAGCGAGGUUGCCAAAAAGUACUUCAGCAACCUCGUCAGAGAGAGUGGUGACAUCCGAAGCAGAGUCAUGCGGGUCGACUUGGAAGGACCCGCGCCUGGUCAUCUCGGCGGCCAUGGCGUCUAGUUGCCGUUUCAAUGGGCAAAAGCAAUUGGGAAAGGCGCGAAACGGCGCAAGGAGCAGGCAUCCGUUCAUCUUUCGUUUCUGGGCCCAAAAAGGAAUUCGAUUGUACCGUUCAGCUCUUGAGGGUAGCUUCGGGCAUCUUGCACUUCUCUUCUCUUCUAUAGUUCAAUACCCCUCUUACAUGAAACAGUAAUGCUAUUCUACCCUA